AUGGAAAAGAUUGUAGAGGCACUGCUUGUCUCAAACGACAUGGACGAAUUCAAUGCAGCCAAAGAUCAGCUUGAGGCGCUCCCUAACUGCGCCGCCAUCCUCAAAAAGACGCUCCUCAGCCGGGCGGGCCAAGUUGGUAAAACGCCACAUUCGGUUUUGCUCCUGGGCCUCGCCUACGCUGGUGAAACUCACCUCGACUGGGCACCUUUCACCAACCUUGAUAUUGCUGACCUAAAGUCUGCCUUCGAAGCUGGUUCCUUCGCGUCUGUCAAGUCACUGAAUCUCUCUGGCACCUUGGCUUGCCUCUCACCAUCCGAGCUACCACCCGUCCUCUCUAGUUUGACUUGUUUGAAGUCACUGUACCUUCUGAACAGACCCGAUCGGUUCGAUGAUGAUGAGACCGCCCAAGCCGUUCUCGGUCUCGCACAUUCGGACUUAGGCCUCGCGUUGGACAAGGUGGUCGUGUCUGCGGUCAUGUCGAUUGCCGUUCGCCUCAGAACCUGGCUCCCUGACACAAAUGAUGCCGCUGAUGCAAUUCCGGGAUUUCCAAUUGCACAACUUCUAGUCUACCAUAAGAAUGAUGCUACUAAUGUCCGCGGGCGAGUGGUACCAUACGAGUACUUCUUUCUUGGGGAUGCUCUCCUCAGUCCUGUUCGAUUCGUCAAUGCCUUGUUGCGCUAUGUACGGGCCUUGAACUCACAGAGGUACAUAUCGACAAGCGGUUCUGGACUCGAGUUGACCGCUUGCAUGGCUUUGAGCUCCUCGGUUCCUGGUGAUAAGGAUAUAGGCGAGGUCGGGGCUCUUCCCGCCCAAGCCUACAGGUUUGGCAAGGACAGUUACCACAGCAGCCUUUCUCACGGCUGCUACUCUGAAAUGCGAAAUCUCAAGCCUGGGCAGUGGACGGUCUUGCUGAGCCGGAAUGCAGGCCCUGAGGGAUUCCAAGCACCUGCCGACAAGGGUUUCCAGUAUGCCUUUGUCCGUUGCAAAUCCGAAAUCAAGGUGCGAAACCCAAAGGAGGGGGAGCGAGACGAGGUUGUGGCAGACAACCUCGAGGUAUACAGCUUGCGUGAGUUCCUUGAUGAGACAGUGCCAAGCUCUGGCUCCACGAGCUUGGACCCUCUUUUCAACCAGCUCCGCUUGCAAGUUGCAGAGACUGAUCAGCUACCUUCGGAUGACGCCGUGCUUCGGUGCAUGAAUGCCGGGCAAUCUCGGGACUUGCUGGUCAAGUUCAUAGAUAACAUUCCCACGAUGGACUUAGUGAAGGAACAAGCACGCCUGUAUCAAUAA